AACUGCACUAGUAAAAAUACAAAUUUUCCCGAACUUCUCCCCAUUUUAUUCGAUUUACCCUACUUACCAACUCGCAUUUUCGCGCGAGGAAUAAAACUCUCCUGUACGAAACAAAUGUUUCGUUUCGGAUACGUGUCCCGCCCUCGGUGUGUCAGGUGUCGAUUUGACUUCCAAAUAGGUCUCGAAGCAGGAUCACGUUCGAGACACCGGUUUUCAUGGUAGUCAGUCGUCUACUAGCAAACGAAGGGAAUUUUAACGCGAUCACAUCCACCCGUUUCUUCCGUCAACGACUUUUAUUCGUUCCGCCGUUCGAUUCUCCCGCUAACUUUCUGAUACGAGUCUCGAUACGUUGACGCUCUAUUAGGUCUUUUUCUUUCUUCCUCUUCGUGUUGCCACGUUUUAUCGUGAUGCUAAAUAAAUGAUUCUCUUUCUUCCGAUAUACGGAACAACGUAAGAAAUGUUGAAGAAAUACAACGGGAAAGGCAGCGCAUUCUUACUGUUUUCCUUGUCGAUAUAAAACUGCUUGAUAAGGUGGAUCGAAACAAUGGAAAAUAAUCUUGCGAAGGAGUUGUGGAGUAUUUAUGCUUGCUGGUCGUGUGUCCUUGCUUUAAAAAUGUUCUCUCUCGCGUGGUUCACUGGGCGUAUUCGAGUACACAGACAGGUAAUUCACAGUGAAGAAGAUAGAAUGUGGAUGAAAGGUCCAAAUAUAAUUUUGUGCUCGACCGCCGGCGGUCAUGAAGACGUGGAUCGUAUUCGAAGUGCUCAUCGUCAUGAUCUCGAAACUGUUCUCCCUUAUCUGCUAAUUACAGCGAUAUGGUUGAACACGUCACCGUUGUAUCUUGUAGCCAAGACUAUUCUGCCUUGUUUCCCAAUAUUCAGCAUAUCAUACACCCUGAUGCACAUGGACAUCGUGAACAUACCUCGUUAUUGCAAAACAAUUCUAUUCGCUUUCGAAGUUUCUAUCUUGAUUUUCAUGUCCGCCAUGUCUCUGCGAUAUUACUUAAGUGUAUCCUAAACUGAUAAUAAACUUUUGUAUACUUGUUUAUAGUCGAUACAAGUUUUCGUUGUGUUAA